AAAUACUCUGAAGUACUUAACGAAAGAGCUCAUGUAAGAACAGCGUACAGCAUUUGAGCUCACAAAUGAAUACAAUAUUCGAAGUUCAAACUUUUCCUCGUUCGUUGUUCAGUCCCAAUGUCGAAAGCAAUUCUUUCCCUAAUCAAAACCCGUCGUCACAACGCAAAAAAGACCUCUUUUAACCCUAUGGCCUUCACGCCUCGUAUCAAGAAGCUUGUUUUCGACGCCAUCGACAUCCUUAGAACCCAUGAGGAAUGGGAAGAUUCCCUCGAAACCCACUUCGCAGAAUCCGGAAUACUCGUUUCCGAUGUUGCGCAUUUCGUUUUGGAUCGAGUACACAACGCAGAACUGGGUUUGAAGUUCUUUGAUUGGGCUAACAGAAGACCGUACUCUUGUUCCCUAGACGGGACAGCAUAUUCUUCGCUUCUGAAACUUUUGGCGAGGUUUAGAUUGUUUUCAGAGAUUGAAUUGGUGUUGAAGAACAUGAAAGUGGAGAACAUAAAGCCCACCCCUGAAACAUUGAGCUUUAUUAUUUGGGCUUGCGGAGAUUCUGGGUUGGCUGAUAGGGCUCUCGAGUUAGUUCAUACGACGCGUGAAAUGCAUAAUUGUUAUCCUAGUACCGUGGCUUGUAACUCAUUGCUUCAAGCUUUAGUGAAACAUGGGAAAGUAGAAAUUGCACGUCAAUUGUAUGAUGAAAUGUCUGGAAGAGAUGAGGGCGAAGGUACCAUUGUGGAUAACUAUAGUACCUCUAUCGUGGUGAAGGGCCUUUGCAAUGAGGGAAAGGUUGAGGAAGGUCGGAAGUUGAUUAAAGACAGAUGGGGAAAGGAUUGCGUACCAAAUAUUGUAUUUUACAAUACAAUUAUUGAUGGUUACUGCAAGAAUGGCAACCUGAAUGGUGCAAACAGAGUUUUCAAGGAAUUGAAAUUGAAGGGAUUUUUGCCCACAUUAGAAACUUAUGGGGCUAUGAUUUAUGGAUUUUGCAAGUCUGGGGAAUUUGAAGCGGUUGAUUUGCUUCUGACAGAAAUGACUGAAAGGGGAUUGAAAGUGAACGUGCAAGUGUAUAAUGAGAUUAUUGAUGCUAAAUACAAACAUGGCUUGGUAGAUGAAGCAGUUGACACGGCGAGAAGGAUGAUUGAGAAUGGAUGUAAACCAGAUAUUACAACUUACAAUACUCUGAUAAACUGUUCAUGCAGGAGUGGGAGACUUAAGGAAGCUGAUGACCUCCUUGAGCAGGCAAAAAAGAGAGGAUUGGCGCCUAAUAAGUUUAGUUAUACUCCCCUCAUGCAUGCCUAUUGCAGACAAGGGGAUUAUGUUAAGGCAUCGAAUAUGCUUGUUAAGAUUGCUGAAACAGGAGAUCAGCCUGACUUGGUUUCUUAUGGAGCUCUUAUUCAUGGAGCUGUUGUUGCAGGGGAAAUAGAUGGUGCGUUGAUGAUCCGAGAGAAGAUGCUGGAAAAGGGAGUAUUCCCUGAUGCUCAAAUUUACAAUGUUCUGAUGAGUGGCCUUUGUAAGAAAGGAAGGUUUCCUGCUGCCAAACUGCUAUUAUCGGAAAUGCUUGAACAAAAAGUUCAACCUGAUGCAUACAUUUAUGCCACUUUGGUGGAUGGUUUUAUCAGAAAUGGUGAACUUGACGAGGCAAAAAAAGUUUUUGAACUCACAAUUGACAAGGGUGUGGACCUUGGAACAGUGGGAUAUAAUGCCAUGAUUAAGGGUUUCUGUAAACUUGGAAACAUGACAGACGCUCUAUCAUGCAUCAAUAGGAUGAGAAAGGCGUGUCAUGUUCCAGAUGAAUAUACUUAUUCAACAGUUAUAGACGGAUAUGUGAAGCAUCAAGACUCUGAUAGUGCACUCAAGAUCUUUGUCGUGAUGCUGAAACAGAAAUGUAAGAUCAAUGUGGUCACUUACACCACUUUGAUCAACGGAUUCUGCAGGAAGGCAGAUUUGAGCAGAGCUGAAAAUGCUUUCAGAGGCAUGAACUCUUUUAAUUUAGAACCUAAUGUGGUCACAUACACCAUACUAAUUGGGGGUUUUUGCAAGGUUGGUAAAAUUGCAAAAGCAACGUCCUAUUUUGAACUAAUGCUGUUGAACAGGUGUCUUCCUAGUGAUGCCACAUUCCAUUAUCUGAUAAAUUGUUUAACAAAUAAUACAAUUAGAGCAAGUUUUAAUGAAGAUGAGUCUAAUGAUAAUGUCAAGUCCUUGAUUUUGCAUUUCUUUGCAAGGAUGAUUUCUGAUGGAUGGAACCGAAUUGCUGCUGCUUAUAAUUCUAUAAUUAUUUGUCUUUGUAAACAUGGAAUGAUUGAUACUGCUCUAUCAUUGCAAAACAAGAUGCUGGCUAAGGGAUUCCUUUGGGAUUCUGUAAUUUUCGCUGCUCUACUGCAUGGCUUAGGCGUACAAGGUAGGUCAAAUGAAUGGAGGGGUAUUAUAUCCUGUGAUCUAGAAAAGAUUGAUCUCCGAACAGCUGUUGAGUACUCUCUGGAAUUAGACAAAUUUCUAUACCAAAGGGUUUCAGAGGCUUCAUAUAUUUUGCAGGCGUUGGUUGAAGAUUCAAGGUUUUCUGAUCAACAAAGCCAAUACAUCUCAAGGUUAUAAUGUCAUAGGGAGCGAGGGUAUUUUAUGAACGAAAGAAAUCAGUUUCCUUGGCAGAAUAAUGGACGUGAUUGUAUUUGAUGAGGUUUCCAUUUGCUUCAGGAAAUUGAGAAAUAUGGCCCUUUCAGGAUCCUCAUAUACUUGAUGAUGGUACUCUAUCAGAGAUUGUGCCAAUAAUCCCAGUUGAUAAACAUUUGACGAACAUACCUUUGAUGGACUGACAGGUUUUUGACAUUGUUUGUUCUCCAAUAAUUCAAAACACCAAGAAAGCUGCCAGCAACAGCAAAGAAAUAUUAAAUCUGUUUUGUCUUGUGCAGAUAAUCACCACUACCAUAUCAUGAUUACGUCACGAAAAUUGGUUUGUAAACUUUCCGUUAGAAGGAUCCAGGAAGGUCAUAUAUGCUUAAAUGUCCACUACGACUUUGUCAAUGCAACAAGAUUGCAGCCCUCAAGUUAUCUAGGGAACGCAUUUCCUUUGCCAAGCAAAAUCUGAUGUGGGAAAAACUGUGUUUUUUUCCUUUUCUUCGACACUUCAGCAAAUUGAUCCUGUUCCUGGCCAAGCUGUGCCUCUUUCUUUGCUACCGAAGUGAACAAGUUAUCAGGUUUGCCACAGUUGAUGUUUUCUAUGGUGGGGUCAAUACAAAGGUUCACAAAGAACUGCAAAAAAAAAAAAUAAUAAUAAAUAAAAUGAACGCCCACCUUCUUGUCGUUUGGACACCUUGGAGGAUAUUGCUGUGGCUACAGAUGAAGACCUUGGAUUAAAGUACACGAGACAUUUUGUUAUUGUCUUGAUUAGUUUGACCAGGUGCUUGUGUCACUUGGCAUCUCUUCCCUUCUUUGUGAAUUGACUCUGUUCGGGUGCAUGUUGGUUUUGAGCUUGGAUUCAAAGCCCUAAUAAUUUUAUAUCAUUUCUGGAUAUAGAAAAAGGAUUACAUAAUAUCUUAUUUGUUUAUUCAUAUUUGUGAAAUAUAUCUCCUUUGAUCUUCGCA